AUGGCAUCCUCAGUUGUGGUGGAUCACAGCCAGCGUGAGAUGGAGAUCAAAGCCUUCCACGAGAGCAAAGCCGGCGUCAAAGGCCUCGUCGACGCCGGUGUCACCAAGCUUCCCUCCAUGUUCAUACACCCUCCAGAGAAUCUCCUCAGCUAUUCACUCCCUGAGGCUUUGUUCGAAGACGAUCAUCUUCACAAGAUUCGCGGCCUUCAGUUCUCCGUGAUUGAUCUCACCGGGUUUGAUUCCCCGGAGAGCCGAAAGUGGGUCGUGGAGGAGAUAAGGAGCGCGGCAGAGUCAUGGGGCUUCUUUCAGCUGGUGAAUCAUGGGAUUCCUCUCCAUGUCAUGGAGGGAAUCCAGAGAGGAGUCCGAGCUUUCCAUGAGCUUCCUCAGGAGGAGAAAGCAAAGUGGUACUCGCGCGACUUUGCUCGCAAGGUUAACUUCUUCAGCUUUCAUGGAGAUCUCAGCGCAGCAACUCCGGCCGACUGGAGAGAUACCUUAUCUUGCAAGGCUCUACAAGACCCCGAAAGCUUUGAAGCAAUACCACAAAUCUGCAGAGAAGAAGUGAGGGAGUACAUGGAAGGCAUCGAUGGAGUUGUGAUGAAGUUGUCUGAGUUAUUUUCGGAAGCUUUAGGUCUUGCAAGUGAUUAUCUAGCAGGCACAAAAUGCUUCAAUGCAAGGUCUAUGGCGUGUCACUAUUUCCCGAUAUGUCCCGAGCCACAUUUGACCUUGCUCCUCCAAGAUAGCGUCGGCGGCCUUCAAAUUCUUCAUCAAGGUGUUUGGAUUGAUGUUCCUCCGGUCAAGGGUGCGUUGCUGGCCAAUAUUGCUGACAUGAUGCAGAUUAUUACAAACGGGAAGUUCAAGAGCGUGGAGCACCGACUUCUGCUAAGACCAACUGUAGAGCCACGUAUCUCAAUUGCAUGCUUUCUUUAUUAAACACCACGUAUCUCAAUUACCCUAUAGUUAACUAUCAAGA